AUGUCACUUCCAGGUGAGAAAGUAAAUGAAGUGCAUGUCAAUGCUCUUUGCAAACUUUGUUCUGAAAGUAAAAUAGGAAAUAUUUGAUAAUGAGAACUAGUCGCACUUUGGCCAGGAGUAAAAGCUGAAUUUAACCUGGUUUUUGGACUCUUACUUGAGCAUUUCCUGUGUUCUUAUUCAAUCAGAGCUGUUGCAACAACAGGCAACAUUUCAUGACAUUUUUUUUUCUACAGAAAUACCUAAUUAUGGCAGGAUGUGAUGUAAUGUUUCUUAGUAGGUAUGCGGUGUGAACUAGCUUCAAAACCACAGAAAGUUUCCAUCAAUUAUCUGAAUGUGCGCUGUCUCUAUUCUCUGAUCACUCAUGCCUCUAACAGUUUUGCUGUUGCUAUCACUCUUGACUGUCCAAUGUGGUGGUGAAUGUGACUUUGACCAGGAAGGAGUGAAAAACAUUAAAUCAACCAUCGACUCUAAUCCGACUGGAUUUGUAAGUUGAGAACCUUUGACACUGUUUAUGAUUUUAUGUAGACCAUAUGGUGCUUCUUGAGGGAGCAUAAUCCUCUCUCUACCCUGUGACAGUGAUAAAUUUAUAUCAUUUUAAAAAAUCUGCAAUCCUUUCAACAGCACAACCAUGUCCUGAGUUUAUUUAGGUUUUAUGAAAGAUGAUGUGAGUGAAAAAACUGUUGAUAUGAUGAUCAUUAGCUGUUAUCUGAUAACCUGUAAAGUUCUCCCAUUGCCACAUUUUUAAAUGUAUUUAUGAUUACACUUUUCAUGUUUGUCUAAAUGCUAAUUUAUUGAAUCAUUUGAGGGUUUAGUCUCAUCUUUUCCCUUGUUUUUUUUUUCUUUUUAGCGAAAAGUAUUUCCAAAAGAUUACUAUGUUGUGCAUCACUACAGAGAAAGCAUGCUGUGCAACACUAGUUCGGUGAGUGUAUUAUCAGAUGAAAACUAUCACGAAUCUUAGUAGUAAAAAGUAGUUUUAAUUUUCCAGACUUCAGCCAUUUAAGGCACAUUAACUUUAUUUUUAGCUGCUCCUCAAUGAUGUCUUCUGAUUUGCUGUGUUAUGCAAAAGAUUGCUGUUUCAUGUUGCCCCAACCUUGCCAGUAAUGUGGUUUUAGUGGUGUUUUUUCACACGUUUUGUUUGCUAAACUUAACUUAAGGGUAAUGUUGACUGACUAUUUCCCUGCAGUGCUGUGUGUUCCCUGCUGCAGUGGUCCUCCUGGACUCCUGGCAUGUGCUCCUUAGAAACCUCUGGGAUGAGCACCUAAAUCACUCUCUGAUCCUGGAUCUGAAGCAGACACUGGAAAAAAUCAUAAAGAGGAACAAGAAUACAGAGGUUAGAUUUUCAUUUGAAUCUAUGUGACCUUUUAGGGGUUCAUUUCUUCACUCUGUUUAACAAAGUUAAAAAAGGAAGGUUGGCUUUACAUUUUGAUGUGCUAUGUUUAAAGGUGUUUUUAACCCUUUAAUGCCUUUUGUAUCAUAUUUAAAACAUACUUUUACUUCUAUCAAAUCAAUAUGAUUAACAAAUUACUAAAAAAAAAAAAGCACCCAAGUUUAUUAGUUUCCAAAAACAUCUAAUGUAUCAAACGUGAUAAAUAAACAUGUUUGUUAAAUCUUAAGGACAUUUUUAUUUAUUUUGGUUUUCAGUAGUAAGUGAAACAAACAUUUCAGCUCCUAAAAAAAGUUGAAUUUUCUGGCCAUAAUUUGUGGUGUCUACAGAUCUAGUUAAUGUAUAUAAAAAAAAGUAUUUUUAAAGGCAUAUCACCGUACAGUGGAAAUCCUAAAUAGCUUCUUUCUUCCCUUGUCCCAGAGGUUCCAGGAGGAGACCGACCUGGGCCACUUCCCCACAUUAUCCUCCCCUCCUGAAGAACUCCUUAAACUAACAUCAGCUUUUCUCACUCGGUGGAUCAGUGUCAGCUGCUCGUCUGAGAUCGAGACGUGUGCCUUACCCACGUUGCCCCCCUCUGUCGAGAGGAAGGAUUACGGUCCCUCGAGGGCCAGACUGUUGACCACCCGAGCUAUAAGCAGUGAGGAGGUCGCUCGGCCUGACAUGAUGAUAGACAAUACACAGCUGCCGUCCAGCGGUGGGCCUCAAACAUCCUCAACAUAUUACGCCUCCGUCUGGAGCCCCCUGCUAUUCAGACUCUACUGGUGGCUGUUGCCAUGA